ACACGCAUCGCACUUCACUCCACUCCACUCCCGAGCCAACCAAGAAAAAGCAGCAGCACACCUUCCUCCUCCUCUUUCUGUCUCCUCCAUGGCUAAUCUUUCCUGCAUCGGCUUCCUAUCCUUCUUCACCUUCGUCCCUCUUCUGAUGGUCGCCGUGGAGUCGGGUCUGGAGUUCCAUGUGGGUGGAUCCAGGGGUUGGAUCGUCCCCGCCGGAGAUGAGUCCGAGUCCUAUAACCGGUGGGCCAUGAAGAACCGCUUCCACGUCGGAGACUCCGUGUAUUUCAAGUACAAGAACGACUCAGUGCUGGUUGUGGACCGGGAAGCCUACGGCGAAUGCAACACCACCGACCCUCUUCUCGCGUUCGACGACGGCAACACCACCUUCCGCUUCGACCGCUACGGCUUCUUCUUCUUCAUCAGCGGCACGCCGGGGCACUGCGAGGCCGGCCAGCGGCUCAUCGUGCGUGUGAUGGUGCACCCGGAGUUCGCCGCGGCCAGCCCGGGGCCCGCCCCGGGGCUGCAGCCGGGUGGAGGAUCCGGUUCGAGCUCGGGUUCGGGUUCGGAUUUCGGCUCGAGCUCAGGCUCCGAAACCGGGCCGAAACGUUCCGACGCUGCUCACGCUCAUGUCGGUGUCUGGGCGAUCAUGCCCGGCUUGGGUGUUCUGAUGAGUGCGGUGUUGUCCGUUUGACGUCUUCUCCUUCGUUUGUGCGCAGGUUUUGAACUCUUCCUCUUUGGAUUCAUGGUAUGGAAAAUAGUUGGCCUUCUAUUUAUGUUGCUUGGAUGUGACUUACUUA